AUGGCGGCUAAUGUCACGCCCGGGCUGACGCCAUUCCUCAAAUCCCUCAAAGCCACGCCUGUGGAAUCCUCCAUUGAGCAUUUCAUCUCACUUCUGAAAAGAAGACAAAUCCGCAACUCCCGACCAUGCGCCAUAGCUACGACGCAGCUCCUCCUCCGAGUGGUGGCAGAAUUCAAAGGCCGAGACGUCAACAAGCUACUGCAAAGAAUACGGCACGUAGGCCAGCGCCUGACAGCCGCGCAACCACGAGAGAUGGCAGUAGGCAACAUAGUGCGGCGCGUACUCGGCCUAAUCCGCGAAGUGGCCGAAGACGACGACGCAGACACCAGCAUGAGCGACGCAGGCUUCAACUCGCCCUCCCCCGCAAACGACGGCCCGCACCACGACUCCCUCAAGCGGCCCGCCCUAUCCUCCAGCAUAUCGACCUUCAGCCCCCUCCGGCACGGCGCAACUCUCCCCGCCGAGCCCACGGGGCUCCACCACAGCGAAAGCAGCGCCGGCACCGAAUCGACGGAGCCGCACCACCGCCCCAACCUUUUCACGUCCCACACCUCGUACGCGCCCAUGCACGGCUCUCUGCUCAACAUCUUCCAGCACGGCGAGUUCCCCGGCUCCUCGGCCUCGACGCCGCCGGGGUACCAUUCCCCGACAGGCAAAGCGACGCCCCUGAUGAGCCAGAGCUUCGCCAACCUAGCUGACUCCGGUCCGAAAAAGGAAAAAGACCUCAAAGCCGAAGUCGUGGAGGGAAUCCGCGAGUUGCUGGAUGAGCUGGACCAGGUCGACGACCAGAUCGCGGCGUAUGCGCUUGACCAUAUCCACUCGAAUGAGAUCAUACUCACGCAUACUGCGAGCACGACGGUGCAGAAAUUCCUGCUGACCGCGGCGCGGAAAAGGAAGUUCACGGUUGUGCAUGCGGAGGCGUAUCCGAACGAUAGCGACGACACGCACGCGACGGUCCUGGACGGCCGCAAGACCGCUGGCGAGGCGGACGCGGAUGCUGACGAGCGGUUUAAGCCACUUACUGCGGCCGGCAUCACAGUCAUCCUAAUCCCGGACUCCGCUGUCUUCGCCAUAAUGUCGCGCGUCAACAAGGUGAUCCUCGCAACACACACUGUCCUGGCAAACGGUGGGCUCGUCGCAGCAGCAGGGGCGCGCACGAUCGCCAAGGCGGCGAAGAUGCACCAGACGCCUGUCGUGGUGGUCAGUGGCGUCUACAAGCUGAGUCCGGUGUACCCGUUUGAUGUGGAAGAGCUGAUUGAGUACGGCGAUGCGGGGAAGGUCGCGGACUACGACGAUGGGGAUUUUGUGGAUAAGGUUGAUGUCGUCAAUCCGCUGUAUGACUAUGUGCCGGCGGACCUGGUGGAUCUUUACAUUACGAAUCUGGGCGGGCAUGCGCCGAGUUAUCUGUAUCGCAUUGUGGCAGAUCAUUACCGGGUGGAGGAUAUCAAUCUUUGA